GGUCAAAACAUACUAUCAGGAAAAGAUAUAAGCAAAUACCUGCCGCUGUACAAAGCUGCACUCAAUGGUGACUGGGGGAAAGCUGAAAUUAUUUUCGAAAAAGAACCUGGUGCGGUUAGUGCAAUUGUCAUGGGACUCGCAGAAACGACACUCGCUGUAGCAGCUAGAUCUGCAAAGAGUAACAAUUUUGUGAAGAACCUUGUGGAUAAGAUGUCACCUGCAGAUCUGGCUUUGCCUAACUAUUAUGGCACAACAGCCCUUCAUACAGCAGCAGCAACUGGCAACAUUGAGGCAGCCAAGUUGCUAGUGAACAAGAACAUUCAUCUGCCUUAUAUUUUCGACUACGCUAAGGCACUACCUCUCCAUGUAGCUGCUAAUAGAAGCCAAAGAGAGAUGGUUCUCUACUUGAUGGAAGUUACCGAAGCAGACAAGGAGCCCAAGCCAUUUGAAGAUGAAACAGGUGUUACACUAGUCGUUGGCUUGAUAGCGGGUGGACUUUAUGACAUAACUCUUGAUUUGGUUCGGCGCAACCCUAAGUUGGCAUGGGGGAUUUCAUCUCCUUUGCAAACAUUUGCAUCAAAGCAGUCUGCAUUUCGCAGUGGAGCACGCUUAAACUACUGGCAACAAUUGAUCUACUCUGAUGCCACUGAAGGUAUAGAGAGACUAAACCCAGUAAAAUGA